CCAUGGACAGUUAAGUGGUAGAGAGAUUCUUUGUGUGACUACCUGUGAGAUUUAUGUUCCCCUCCCAGAGGUGAAUCAGAUGGGGCACGGAACUCUGGAGAGGGUUAGAAAGAGGGAUCAGCUUCUCCACCCACAUGGGGGUCUAUGUGACUUGUACCUGCUGACAUCUCCACAAGAUUCCAAGAGAAAAUCUCUGGCCAUGGACUUUUAUAGUUCUGAGCAAUCGAUUAAACUGUCUAUCACAUUGAACAACAUCACUAAAGAUACUCUAAGGGUGUUUGUGAAAAGUGACUCGUGGUUUGAGUUUUGGAGUCACCUUGGUAAUCGGAAUCACAAUACAACAAUUAAGUUGUGCCAGGAUGACAAACAUUGGAAGGAGUUCUCCUCUCUUCUAAAGGAACGGGUCACCUUCCUCAAAGAGUGUCUCAGAACCAAGGAAAAUCUUUAUCAAGUGUAUGAACUUGUUGCAUUUCAGUCUAAGAGGACUGCAAGCAAUAAAUCUGAGCUAGAGUCUAAUAAAAGUGAAUCACCACAAGAAAAGAGACAAGACACAGAGGCAUUAAAGUCUGAGGAAAGAGGUGUAGGAGAUAUAUUUAUAAAACAUACUGACAGUGAUUUAUACCAGAAGAACAAGGAAGAUAAAAGUCUUCAAAGAACACAGUCCCAGGGGGAAAUCCCAGAGAAGGAUAGUUCUAACAUUCCAACUGUAAAUACUCAAGAAAAUCUAGUCUCUCGUCCUGUAAAAAGAAGUGAAUCAGAAUCAGAUGUGUUUGAACCUCCAUUUUCUCCUGCCAAUUUUAAAUUGAUUGACACUAAAUCAAAAUUAUUUGGCGAUGUUGUGCAAGCAAAUAAAUCAGAAUCAAAGAGCAAUGAUUUAGAACUAACAAUAAAACCAUACAGCAUUGAAGCUGCCAAAUACUUGAGUGUUUUUCAGCCUCAACAUGUGCUUUCUCCUCAAUCUCUAAAGGCAGAGAUAGAAAGAGAUUCCAGUUUUUAUGAAAGUGAUAGCGGUGAUUAUGAAGAUAUGAUGGACCAAGAAAAAGCCAUUCAGAGACUGGUAGAGAUGCUGCAGGCAGCCAUUAAUUCAAAUGAUAAAGAAGCCGCAGCAAAGCAUGCUGGGAGUUUAGCAGUCAGUGCUGCCAAGGUGACCAUUACAUUAGAUAGCAGUAGCCUGAAGAACCCUAAAGACAAAGAAUUCAGUAUUAAAGUGUAUGUAGAGGACAGGGAAGCUUCUGGAGGGUGUAUUACUCUGAAUGUCAAACCCUCCGACACAGUCAAGGAUCUCAAACUAAGGAUGUGUUUGAAGCACAGUUUUCCAAUGGAGGUCCAAAAAUGGAUCAUAGGGAAGCGUAUUCCCCCGGACACUGAAACACUCCAGAAGGCUCGAGUAAGCCAAGGUCAGGCGGUUUAUUUAUACCUUAUCUCACCGAAAUCUGUUGGACUGACCAAGGAGAAGUUCAUGGAGGACAGGCAAAAAAUGCUUCAUAACCAGCCUCCAAGUGUUCAGUAUCAAAAGCAGGGACCCACAAACUUUGCUGAGAGUGGACCUUACAUUCCAAUGGGUACUCCUGUGACUCCCCAGACCCCUCUCAGUGCCCGACAGAGAUCUGAGCCCUACAGCAGCAGUUCUACAGGGGGAGGCUUAACCCCAAACCCUUGCCAACAAGGUCAGAUACAGCAACAGAAGUCCAGGGAUGGUCAGAAUAAACCAAAGGCUCCUCCACAGGUCAUCAGAGAGGGGUCAGUGGAAGGGUUUGAAGUGAUUCCCCCGACCGCUGUCCUCAGAGAUAUCCCCCAACCUCAGAACAAACAGGAGACCAAAAUUCAGGCUGGCUGGGUUUGCCCUGCCUGUACUUACAUUAACCAGCCAACACGACCAGGUUGUGAGAUUUGUGCUACAAACAGACCACUGGACUAUCAAGUUCCUGAAGGAUAUAGAAUGACCAAAGAAGAAGAGGAGAGGAUCCAGAGGGAGCGUGAGCAAGAGGAACAGACUCAAAGGGCCAGCGUGAACAGAGGUCAGGAGAGGGGUCCAAGAGAAAAUACUGACGAGGAGUAUUAUGGUGACCUUGAGGAUCAGGACCUGGCAGCCAUCUUGGAAUUGAAUGAUAAUUUAAACAGGGCUGCCAGAAUUAGAUCCCCGACAGAGAAUGCCCUCACCCCACCCCACGGGCCACCCCCUGACCCUUAUAUGAUGGAACUGGGAAAUGUCCAUAGAGGAUCAAUGGACAAUUUACAAUUUCCUCUGGACAAUAGACAUAUAGACUGGAAUGAAGAACAUAUAUAAGACAAAUAUCUAGGAUGAUGGGGGAUAUAUGAUUUUUUUUUUGGCCUUAUGUUUUUAUUUUUUGCAAUGAUACUGCCAAUUUUAAAUCAAACUCUGAUUUGCCGAAAUUCCGAGAUAUUUUCUGUGUUUUUAUUGCAAGCAGAGGUCAUAUUUUUUAGUAGGCAUGAAAGCUUACUGAAUAUGCAUUAUAUUAUUGCCUUCCAAAGAAAAUAUUACACUGUAUAUGGAUUUUUACACUUGGUGAUGUAUCAUUUCUAUACAUGAUGUAUCAUUUCUAUACAUAUUUUUUUGGUUGAUGUUGAUAGUCUAGUGUUAGAUUUGUUAUUGUAGUUUUGUAGUUAAUGUAUAAGAAGGUAAUUUUUGCAAGUGCCCAAUUGCAAGUCAAGUUUUGUUAAAAAAAAUAAGAAGAAGAAAUAAAAAAAAAUUAAUAUUUCAAUACUACCGGUAUAUCAUUUGAAUUGCAGAUUGAAUGAAAUCACUACCCUAACAUAAAAUUACACAUUAUACAGAAUUUUCAUGUAUGUUCUAUAUUUUAUGAAUACAUAACAGUAAUGUACUGGUAUCUUCAAAAAAUGUUUUCUGUCAUAGCAAAGAUCUACAGUGCAACAUUAAAAAAUCUAUUUUU